AGCCUCAGUGGCUGUUGAGGUGGCGUAGUGUGUUGGUCCCGUCGCUCCGUACACCAGGCCCCGCCGGCUCUUACCACCCAGCUCUUAUUUUACGUCUUAGCCUUGCAAAAUGAUACCAAUUCACCACCUGGCCCGACGAAAAACGUAGGGAAGUGUAAGAAGGUGGACGACUGGUAGGGGGAGUGGCGGCACAAGCCAUAGGUAGGAGAAUGAUAGACGGAGCCAGAAAUAAGUAGAAACAAACAGUAAUUAAGAAAUCUUCAGUUAAUUAAGUGCAAAAAUGUGAACUCCUCUGGUUUCCCUCUCUGGUGACUAACUUCCACGCUACGUCCUCAUCAGGAGCAGGAUAAAGCGCUCCGACUACUUAAUAUUCGCAUCUUGAGAUCUGUGUAAGAAAGGGAAAGAGGAAAAAUGGGCGAGGAGGCUCGUAACAAGAGGAACAUGUGUGUGUUCCUCUUCUUGAACCUCUUCUACCACGCCGUCACCGAGGGAGAGUUUCUCUUUCAGAAGAAAAAAUAUGUGGUAGAGGAGGUGGAGGGAGUGUCGGGUGAGGCAGCGCGUCUACCGUGCAACAUGUCGGUCCAGACGGGUGACACUGUCUACCUCGUACUGUGGUUCAAGGAGGGACUCACCACACCCAUCUACAGUUACGACGUGCGGGAGCUUCUGGGAGGACAACCUAAGCACUGGUGGGAUGCUGAGCUGUUGGGGUCCCGAGCCUUCUUCAACGCUGGCUCCGCUCCCUCCCAUCUACUACUGCAGGGUCUCUCAAGGGAAGAUGCUGGCCUCUACAAGUGUCGCGUCGACUUUCAGCGGGCGCCUACCAGGAACACCCGCAUCAACCUCACUGUCGUCGUACCGCCGCGACGACUUGUGUUGGUAGAGGAGAGCGGGGCAGAGGUCCGAAAUUAUGUGGGUCCAAUUAACGAGGGUAACGAUCUUCACCUGUCCUGUGUGGCCCAUGGUGGUCGACCAGCGCCAUCUGUUAUCUGGCUACUGAACGACCAGGUGAUUGAUGAUGAUGUAGAAAGUCGGGAGGCUGAUGAGACAAGCAAUGACCUGACGGUGAGUGGAGUAACAAGAUCAUUACUUCGAGCCCAGCUUACCUGCCGGGCCUCUAACAACCAGGUGUCUUCGGCGAUAUCAACGACCGUUACCAUAGACAUGAACUUACGGCCAUUGGACGUGAUCAUCCACCAUCCCAGGGAGCCGCUCUCAGCUUCCAGGACCUACGAGGUGUUGUGCUCCUCCAGGGGCUCCCGGCCACCUGCUGUCCUAACCUGGUGGUGGGGGUCGUCCAGGGUGCCUGCCGCUGACGAUACUACCUCCCACGGGGGUAACGUAUCCAGCUCCAUGGUUCGCCUCACUCCCAAUGCUUCUGAUGAUGGGAGGCUCCUGGCUUGUCGGGCCGAGAACCACAACCUGCCCACAGCAGUUAUCGAGGACACCUGGAAACUUAGCGUUUACUACGCGCCAUCAGCUAGAGCCGUUUUGGGAGCAUCGAUCAAUCCUAAGAACAUCCGGGAGGGUGAUGACGUGUAUUUCGAGUGUUUGGUGCAAGCCAACCCACCCGCUUACAAGGUUGUCUGGAAGCACAAUGGCGUGGUGGUGAGAGAUGAGCGAGAAGGAGGCGUCCUCGUUACUAACCGGAGUCUGGUGGUGCAGGAGGUGACGAGAAGCCACGCGGGGCAUUAUACAUGUCAAGCUAGCAACGUGGAGGGCGAUUCCAGCUCACCGCCUAUAUCUUUAGCUGUGCAGUACGUGCCACUAUGUCGCCCCGGGCAGGUGACUGUGUACGGCGUCUCAAAACUAGAAAAAGCCCAAGUAACGUGCCAAGUGGACGCUGUGCCUCAGGUAACGAGGUUCUUCUGGACGUUCAACAACACCGCAGAGAGCCUGGAGGUGCCGCGGGAGAGGUUCACAGAGAGCCUUGGAGGCCGUACCGUAGUGGUAUACACCCCGAUGUCAGACCUCGACUACGGUACCUUGCUGUGUUCGUCAGAGAACAUGGUGGGCCGGCAGGCGGUACCUUGUGUCUUCCAUAUUAUACCAGCUACCCAGCCGGAGUCGCCCACCAACUGUUCACUACACAACGUGUCUGCCAACAGCCUGACGGUGGAGUGUGAGCCUGGGUUUGACGGGGGUCUUAACCAGACCUUCGCCAUGGAGGUCUACGGCACCAACCCUCAUACUCUCAAGGCCAAUAUUACAUCCAAAUUACCAAGGUUCGUGGUGAUUGGUCUGGACAAUGAGUCAGAGUUUCAGCUGAUCGUGUACGCAGGGAAUGCCAAGGGUCGUAGCGGCAUUACCCGCCUGGUGGCCAUCACGCACAAGUUACCCGUAAAGCAGCUGGAGACACGACUGAGUAGCGGCGACAGUGCUGGGGUGACGCAGGACACACUGGCGGUCGAGGUGACACCACUACUUGGGGUACUUGCCGGGAUCGUCCUCGUCCUCGCCGUCAUCGCUGUCGUCAUCAUCGUCAUCCUGAGGGUUCAGUGCAGCGCGGCAGCCAGACGACGUCAGGCCCACGAGCGAGGAAACCAUAAAAACGGUGACAAACAACAAAGAAAACAAGAGAAAAGAUCACAUGCACAGCAACAUAAAACAAAACAACAAUAUCAUGAGCACCAGCAUCAACCGUCAUUAAAGAAGAGUCACGGGAGUCAUAGUGAGGAGGUCCACAGCCCGGUAGACGACCUGCACGACUGUUACAGGGAGCAGCACCUUCGCCAGCAUGUUCCUGAUGACCAGAGUCCUGAUGUUGUUGCUUGCAGUGGAGACUGUGAUGAGGUGAGCGUGAGCAUACGGCCCGGAGGGGCGCUGUCCUUCAUGCCUGGUCACCGUCACACUGCCCAGCACCACCACCUACAGCAGUUGCACCACGCUCACACCCACCAGCAGUCCCCACCACAACCGGUGUCCCAUCACAACCUCCAGCAGUGUCAACAGCAGCACUCUCCAGCACUACAGCAUCUCCAUCAGCAGCACUCUCCGUCACUCGGUCAACACAGCCAGCAACAGCAGUCUUCAACACAGCCCCCACACAGCUACACCUUGCCGCUCUCCGGUCACGGCACCCAUGACCUAAGACACGCUCACCUCACGCAGGCUGCCUACUCCACCGCUCCCAGGGUGUGUGGCGGCGCUGACAUCGAGGUACAUUUUGCCGAGAGCGGAGGUGACAGUGGGACGCCCCCAGCGCCCGCUCCUGAUCACGUCUCGGUGCCCCAUAUGUAUAAGGGUGACGGCGCUCCUACCCAGGGCGUGACCACGGGCCUGGCCAGGAUACCAGAAGAUCCAGAAAGUCCCGCGUCAGGUAGAAGGGAAAGCGCCGUGUGAGCCAGGCUUUACCUAGUGCAAAAUAUACAAUGUUGUAAGGCUACCACCAGCGCUACCAUUUAAUCCCCCCAUACGACAGAAGGUAUUGUACAAACCAAUCAAACCUAGCCAAAACUAUUCUAGGAUCCUUAAGUCAGAUUUAGUUAAGUUUGGUUGGUUAUCGUUUAAGAAAAAUAUUAAUGACCCGUGGUACUUCUCCAACAUAGUACAUCUUCCACACCUAGUUGCUGAAACUCCUUAAACUUUUUAUAAAACACUUUAGUCACUGCGUGACCACUUUAUAAUAGGGUUCACUUUUUGUAUGGAUCCCUUAAGCCAAAGUGAUACAUAUUAUACAUAUAUAAUAUAUGAAGUUGUGUGUGUCUGUUUGUACAUAAUGUAAAAUAAAGAUGUAAUUGUGAUAACAUAGAAUAUUGUUAACCAAGGAAGCCAACAUUUAGAGUCUAGCCUUUGUUUUAAUAAACUUAUUCUCACAUUUUACAAAACUUCAUCGUGUGUCAAGUAUUGUAGAAAUUAAGUGAAGUGAACAAUCAACACCUUGUGAUAGACACCCUUACAGGUCAUGACACACACACUCGAAGGUACCCAAGUAUUGUGUUUCCAGUACCGGUGAGGUCACUCACCUCCAAACUUGUGAAAGUUAUUGAAAUAUUCCAAUAUCAGGCACUUGCUCGAAUCCAGUUCAAACAAAAGUCAAUUCCAAGCGAAAACCUCCGUCACCAGCAGUCGUUACUACUGGGCUCGAGUCCUCACACGGGAUACUAUAGCAGUGGUGGGCAGUACGAGCUGUGACAGUCCUACAGUACAAUAUGAUCCAGCCCUUUAAGCUAUCACUUAGUCCCCUUAUUAAGUUAAGUACCUAUUAAUCAUUAAUAAUUGAGUUGGUUUAUUGUUUAGUAAAGAAAAUAGGAUUAAUGACAUUUGUGUGUUUGUUAACUCGCCGUGCUAAUGAUCAUAAUCAGCAUCAUUACAAGAGAUAAUUGAUCACGCCUGCCCAUCACUCCACAGCUGUUCAGUGGCCCGCCAACCCAGUCUUGUGUGGAUUCAAACCCAGUACUAACUAGCGUCAGCUCAAGGCAUUAACCACUCAGCCACCAGCACUUGUCAUUACGAGGUUCGAUACCUGACAUUCUGAUAUUUCAGUUCCUCUGAUAUACGCUGACAAUAUGUAUUUUGUGGAAGUUAGUAGAGAUCGUUAGUGUUGAGACGUGUAGCACCAGCCUCCUACCCUGAUGUGCUCUCGCACCCUUUGUCUACACAUCUUGUUCUCAUAAUAUAGUAUAUAUUUUUUUCAUUGCCUAUAAAAGUUAUCUAACUGUCAUUAGUUAACUAAGAAAUUUUUCAAUAUUACAUCAAGUAUUAUAUUGUGGUUAUUACUUUCAAAUGAAAUAAAUUGUUGAA